AUUAAAAGAGGAGUGGAUGCAGCCCGCGGUGACGAUACGUCCACUCUAAAGGAUUUAGUUGCCACCUGGGUCAAUGAAACUUUUCAUCCGUCCCAUCUACUCAACUCCGGUGACAAACAAAUGUGCGGCUUCGCACAUGACGCCUGUGGCAAGCUACUCUGCCCUGCCGAGUGGGACUGGAGUCAGGAGUGCGUGAAGGCUGGCAUUCGCAACAGAACUUCAGAUUACAUUAUAUCAGAAAACUCAUGGCCGCUAUUUGUGUACGAGAACUACUCAGUUAACAGUAGGGACCUUGAGCAAGGUCUUUUUAGGUCGAAGAUACUGGUUCAGGCUUUUAAAGCCACCUUUACAUCACCAUCCUCCGCAAAAGAGGCUGAUGAUGAUGGUGAUGGAGCCGACAUCCUCGAGAACAACAGGUGCGCCCGGCGGGCACUAAACCAGGUCAAGGUCAAAAUGUGCAUUGCCUCAAUCAUCAACAUGAGAAAAGUCACUCCCUGUUCCAUCGCUUAUGUCAUUUGUCAAGUUUGUUUUGCGCUAUCCAGUGUCUCAUCUUGGUGCACCGUUGACGGUGACUUCGACUACGAAGCGUUUUGCAACAACAUCUUAGAUUUCUUCGAGGACGUCCCUGGACCUGUUGUAUGA